AUGGAUGGGUGGAUAAAGUGUCUGCUGGCGGUCGCGCUGGCGCUGGUAAGCAGCCAGCUUCCGCCGGUCGGCUCGAACGUCACCGAAACGCGACCGAAAGCCGGCGGCCGCGAUCGCUCCUCGUCCGCGCCGAUCGCUUCCCUGUCGUCCGCCUCGAUAGCGGCCGCGCUCGCCUCCCGCCACGCCAACGCGAACGUCGGCGGCAGCAGCGGGCCCAGCGCCGGAAACGGAAACGGAAGUGGAGGCCACGCCGCCGGAAGUGGCGGCCUCGGGAAAUGUAAUAUCGCCCAGUUGCGCUGCGCCAACGGGACCUGCAUACCGUCGUCAAAAUUCUGCGACGGUAAUUUCGAUUGCCUCGAUAAGAGCGACGAGCCCAAAUCUUGUACAGCCUGCAACCGGACGCUGUACGGAGAGGCCGGCCGGACGUACGAGCUCCAGAUCCUGAACCCCCGGGCCACGUUUCCUUUCGUGUGCCAUCUGAACUUUACCGCCACCGGGGGACUGUACGGCGACAUCGUGCAGCUCAAUCUCGCAAAGUUCAGCGUCGGCAAGUUUGUGGAGAACUUCCACGACCUCAAGCAGCACGGCGAGUGCACGGAAGGGUUCAUGACCAUCAGCGAGCAGGGUUUGCCGCACCUCGACGGGAAAUGGUGUGGCACCGCGUCCGGCUACACGAUAUACUACAGCGAAACCCGGUCGGUCAAUGUGACGCUGCGGCUGGAUAGGUUGCCGCAGGCGAGUAGCGGCAUCUCGAACGGGUUCGAGUUCCGGCUGAUCUACAAGUUCCUGCGGCAGAGCGACGCUAAGUUGCGGAACGACAACCGGAUAUGGAACGGUGACCUGGUGCCCGCCAGCUACUGCAAUCGGAACUUUUACGACUGCGACAAAAGGACCUGCCGAAUACGAUCGCCGAACUAUCCCGGCAUUUAUCCACGCAAUUUAACAUGUAAAUAUUAUAUUAAUCAUCGGGCGCCUCCGAGCGGUCUGCACGCGAUGAUCGUCCUCCGGCAGCCGGACGGGCAUAAAUUAAACAUGAAGGAGCAGGCGGCGCACCACGAGGCGAGCAACCGGAUUUUAAGGAGUUGGGAGCAGUGCGAUCAGGCGCAGGACUUUCUCAGCAUCUACGACGGAGCGGCACCGGAAGCACCAGCUAUCGGGCGAAUCUGUGGUGGUGAUGCCCUACCCGAUAUCGUCUCGAGCGGACCGGAGAUGCGUGUCGAGUUUCACACCUCCCCAUUUGACGUUCCGUUCCAUCCCAAUCCGGUCACCUUUUUGCCUGGCUUCGAGCUGGAAGUACAUGUGCUUUACGUCAACUCCAACUCCCAGUCGUACAUCCGGCAGCCGGGACGGUGCGAGUUCAUCAUCAGCGCCUUCGAGAGCCAGACGGGCGAGCUGGAGAGUCCGCAGCACACGCUGCCGCCGGAGAGUUCCUGCCUGUACCACUUCCAAGGCCGGCGGCACGAGACGGUAUGGGUGUCGUUCAUCAAGUACCACUCGGCCAUCGAUCCGACCGGGUUCGAGUCGCAGGCGGAGUGCGUCACGCAGUUGCGCAUCUGGGACGGCCGAUGGUCGGUGACGUCGCGCCCGUACGUAUUCCUAGGCGCCCCACCGGAGUACCAGCGGAACGCGAGCCUGAUCGAGCAGAUCUGCCGUGAGGAGGUGCCGAGGUUGUGCUCCCGAUCGCUGGUGGCCAAGGGAAGCCGACCCUGCUCGACACAAGAGAGCUACCUUUCGACGGGAUCGGACCUGACGAUCGAGUACCGGCCUAGCCCGAUCGGAACAGCCCGACUAUACGGUCCGGCAUCGGCGUUCAAACUGCGCUACGAGUUCGUGGACAACUCGCUCGGUGGUGCUCCACUGGAACCGCUAGUGGCGCCCUCGGCUAUGCCUGAACCGGCCGCGUUAGUCCAGUUUCAUCCCAAGUCUUGCGAUCGCGUAUUCCGUUCAUCGUCGGCAUCGCGCGGCAUCUUUCGGUCGCCCUCGAACGUGUUCAUGUAUGGUCGCGGCGGUUCGCCCAACAUUUCCUGCAUCAUCCGGUUUGAGGCGAGUGCAGGUGAAAGUGUGAGGUUGACGAUAACUCGCGCCCGCUUCGGAGGUCGCUCCUGUCAGAACAUGCAGAACCGUUCCGGCCGGUGGCACUGCAACCAUCACGGUGGCCCCGUGUCGGACCUGCGCAUCAGUGAGGUACCGUGGACGGACGUGCCACCGCUGCCCCGGGAUUGCCUCUGCUCGGACGUGUCCGGUUCGAUUACGCUGGCACCACUUGCGGCCAGCAUCGUCGAGGUCAAGUUCACCACGCUGCAGAUGGAGGUGGAUCAGGAUUUCCGAGACUUUUACUUCGAAGGCCGGUACGAGUUCGCCCGCGACGGCUGCGAAACGGACUGGACCGAGCGGCGCCUCCGGGGGCGCAGUGGAGACGCCUACCUGAAGCCGACACCGUGCCCAGCCCUCAUCCAACCGUGGCUGCUCGAACCGGACACCGACAGCAGCUAUCUGGUGCUGAAGCUGAAGGGCUUCUGGAUGCCACCGUUGCUCCAGUCCGCACCACCCUGCCCGACCGACGCCCGCAUCACCGUCUACUCGACGAACAAUCCGCGGGGUUCGCGGGACCUCUGCCCUUCCGGCCCGGACGUGGUUGCCUUCUCCGACGGCUGGGACCGUGCGUACGAGUUCAGUGCGACCGAGCUCUCGCGCAGCCUGAUCGUCGAGUUCAAGAGCCCCCGACGGCCGUCGCUCGAGAUGUUCGAGUACAAGUUCUCCUGGAUGGAGAUCUUCCCGGCGCACGACUGCCCGCACCGCUGCCAGGAGCUGCAGGCGUGCAUCCCGGCCGAACUGUGGUGCGACGGUCGGGCCCACUGUCCCUCGGGGCAGGACGAAAGUCCGGCCGAGUGCGACCUCCGGCUUCCGCUGUCUCCGCUGCACGUCGGACUGGCCGCCGCUACCCUUACGCUGGUGCUGUCGUUAGCCGCCGGCCUGACGGCCUGUGCCCGUCGCAAGCGCGUCGAGAAGAAGCACCUCCAGUCGGCUGGCAGCGGACGCCACCUGGCCGAUGCCGCGAGCCGGGCGGGCUACGGCGGGCACCAUCACCAUCCGGCUGGGUACCCGCACGCCAACCAUCACCUCUCGUCGAGCCACGCCCUGACGCCGCUGUACCUCGACCCGGCGAAGGACAGCUUCUGUUGA